AAUGACAAACGUAAAUAUGCGCCAAUGCCCCGCUAAAGAUGCAAACACUUCGAAGCGGCUUACCGUGGAAGGGAGGCCUUUGAGUUACGCAGCUAUUCACGCGCACCUGUGAUAUGUUUAAUAGUAUAAACGACUGGCAGAUAGUGCAGCAAAUUAUCAGACAUUACCAGAAACAAUAGGCUUUGGCGUUGCUUGAGCAUCGUACGCAUGCGCCAAUGACGAUAAUGAAUAAUGCGAAUAGUCAAGGUGUCGCAAGCAAUUUCACUAGCACGAAUAGCAUCAUCGCCGCUACAAACAACAACAACAACAAUAAUAGCAAUGCCAAUGCGACAAGCAGUCGAGAUGGUGCCUCAACUGAUACCGCCGCCAGAGUUAACGACACACUUUACUACUGGAAAUAUACAUCCGAAGAGUUAUCCGAGUUCUCACUGGUCGCACCGGAGUUGGAGCCUUCCAUGCAACAACUCUCCGCUCAACAGCAACCCGCGUCAGGAUUUUCAUAUCACCAAUCGAAUACCCGCACUGACAAUCACACAACGGAGGCUCAAGCGGAACCACCACCUGCUUUCUAUACGAGCUUCAACAUCUCUGACGAUAUCUUCGAUUACUUCAAUGGAUUUCUGGAAAGCGCCGAGCAACAACAACAGCAGUUGUUGACCACCACCAGCGCCGAGAUCUUGACCACAUCCACAUCCACCGUCGUCGCUGCGAAUGCCUCGCUGACAUCGUACAUACACGAUGUGAGUAAUGGUACACGCGAUCUGCGUUUGGGCGAGUUUCUCGGCCUACUUCCCAAUGAUCGCAUUUCGCUGUUAUCAUUUCUCUUUCUCUUUUCCUUCGCCACCGUAUUUGGCAAUACGCUGGUGAUAUUGGCCGUUAUACGUGAACGUUAUCUGCACACGGCCACAAAUUACUUCAUCACAAGUCUGGCGGUAGCUGAUUGCCUGGUGGGUUUGGUUGUGAUGCCUUUUUCGGCACUAUACGAAGUGCUCGAGAAUACGUGGUUCUUCGGUACCGAUUGGUGUGACAUCUGGCGCUCGCUGGACGUACUCUUCAGCACCGCCUCCAUAUUGAAUUUAUGUGUGAUAUCAUUGGAUCGUUAUUGGGCCAUCACCGACCCUUUCACCUAUCCGAUGCGCAUGACGGUGAAACGCUCCGCAGCUCUCAUCUGUGCAGUGUGGGUGUGUUCGAGUGCCAUCAGCUUUCCGGCGAUAGUGUGGUGGCGUGCGGCGCGCGACGGUGAGAUGCCCGCUUACAAGUGCACCUUUACAGAACACCUCGGUUAUUUAGUCUUCUCAUCGACGAUCUCAUUUUACCUGCCACUGCUAGUCAUGGUAUUCACCUAUUGCCGUAUUUAUCGUGCUGCGGUGAUUCAAACGCGUUCACUGAAAAUCGGAACCAAGCAAGUGCUAAUGGCGUCUGGUGAAUUGCAAUUAACGUUACGCAUCCAUCGUGGUGGAACGACACGUGAACCUUCGACGAGCGCUUCACAUCAUCCGACAAUUCACGGCUCGCUGGGUGGCGCUCCUAGUGGCGGUAGCGAUGGUUCGCAACACCAUCGCCAUCAUUCGCAUCUACAUUCGGCGCAUCACAAUCACAGCGCGUCGGGUACGACGUCAUCAACGCCCGAAGAACCUGACGACGAGCCGCUAUCGGCGCUACAUAAUAAUGGUCUGGCGCGACAUAGACAUAUGGGAAAGAAUUUCUCAUUGUCGCGCAAAUUGGCGAAAUUCGCCAAGGAGAAGAAGGCAGCCAAGACACUGGGUAUAGUGAUGGGUGUAUUCAUCGUGUGCUGGCUGCCGUUCUUUGUUGUGAAUCUACUUUCGGGUUUCUGUGUAGAAUGCAUCGAGCACGAGGAAAUUGUAUCGGCGAUUGUGACGUGGCUGGGCUGGAUAAAUUCCUGCAUGAAUCCCGUAAUCUAUGCCUGUUGGAGCAGGGAUUUUAGAAGAGCGUUCGUACGUCUGUUGUGCGUUUGCUGUCCACGCAAAAUUCGACGCAAAUACCAACCCACAAUGCGUUCCAAAUCACAGGUAAGUUUGUGGUGCGCCAGCAUAAAGACGCCAAUGCGGCAGCUACGACGCCUUCAAAUACUUUGGAUUUAUUUUCAUUUAUUUUUAUGUACAAGAUUUUGUUUUUAAUCUUUUAUGCUUUCAGUUUAA